GGGCUUGAGGGUGAGUGAUGGAAAUUGUGUCAAAAACCUAGAAGUAUUUGGCGAAUUUAUAAAAUUCGUUUUUAUAAAUAUAAUUUUGAAUCGACAAUUAGACGUGACCCGAUUAUAAAUACAAAAUAUGGCUGCGACUCCGCCUUGAAGAAUAAUAACAGUCAAAACUGAUUUUAAAGAGUACCUGCGUACAAAAUAAAUUUGCAUCAACAUGGAUAUAAAUCAGCUUGUCAGCAAAAAUCAGUCCAUUAAGAUAGUUCCAUCGAUAGAAGAAACUCUACAAAACCAAGGACUUGAUGUAGAUUUGGACGAUAAUACAAUAUUAUGGUUGCAUCAACUAAAAGAAACUUGGAAAACGUGGAAGAGGAGUCCUACCAUUGAGCACCACAUCGAACUAUUUUUCAACACCAGGGCAGAUGCUUUUCGCGUGGCCCUAGUCUUCGUUAUAAAAUGUGAAGAUUCAAAAGAUUGUAAGACUAAAACAUUACCCUAUUUUAUUAUUGAGAUUUUAAAUAAAUGGUCAAGAGCAAACAAUUUAGUACCUGAGGACUGUCUAAAACUGCCUGCAUUCCACAUAGCCAUCAGGCAAAGGAACCAGAGCUUUCUGAGUCUUAUGGCGAAAACAUAUCAAUUAUCCACCAUCAAAGAAACCAUUUUGCCAAUUGUAAGGUCAAUGAUCACAAAUGAUAAUUGCAAGCAAGCAUGUCAAGUUGUCAUAGCUAUUGAAUUAUUUGACGAUAUAUCAGUACAAGAAUUACUAUUCCCGUUGAUUUUGCAAGACAAAUCCAAUAUUAUUGAUGAAUAUCUUUCAGAGUGCCCUGCUCAAGUUACACCACUUCUUCAAUUUUUGGAUAUGCUACUUGACAAAAAUUUUAGUAUUCGUGAAUAUGUUCAAAAAUAUAUUGAAGAACAUAACAUUUGUAACAUCAAAUAUGAUAAAAUACACCAUAAACCAUUGGGUAAGUUGGUGGCAAGAUUGUGCAAUAAAUUCAAGGUUCCAAUUGAAACUUGCAAAAAUCUUAGUAAAAAUCGAACAACUGGAGGUCUGAGGUAUUUAAUUCACCAAAAAUAUGAAGAAAAUAAUGUGAGCACAGCCGUUUGGGAUGAUUUAAUCAAAGAUUCACUUCGACAGAAUGCUGACUCAGCACAUGAGUUCAUUGACAUGCUUGUGGCAUAUGACAAGAGUGAAGCUCUUAAAUGGGCAUCAUACUUGAACUUACAAGAGAAUCUGUUGCCUGCUGCCCUGAGGGAAAUGACUAUUCAAAGUGAUGAAACAGAACCUGAGAACUGGGACACUGAUGUUAAGACUGAGCUUACUCAUCAGGAGUAUUAUAAGUUUACUUUGCCUCUAGAGCAAAUAAUUAUGAUAGAUACAGCUGAAAAGUUUUAUGAUCUGAUAAUGAAUGAUUUAGCAGGAUGUAGUCUAGUAAGUAUUGAUUGUGAAUGGAAACCAUCAUUUGGAGCAAAACAAUCUCAAGUAGGGCUUAUCCAAAUAGCAACUGAUAGAACUGUGUACCUUAUAGAUAGUAUCAUACUCAAUCAAAAACAAUAUUCCAGCUUUUGGCACACUUUUUACAAAUCUCUAUUGGACAAUGCUGAAAUAGUCAAGAUCGGUUUUGGUCUUGAACAAGAUUUGAGGGAAAUGAAGGCAUCAAUAAUUGGUUUGAGUAACAUGAAGCUAAAAGGAGAAGGGCUGCUGGAUAUUUGUAUAUUAUGGAAGAACCUUAUCAAUUGCGGAUUAGUUUUGCCCAGCAACAGUGACAGUGCUGGAAACAGCCUGAGUUCCCUAGUCCAAUCAUGCUUCGGCUUGCCACUUGAGAAAUCAGAGCAGUGCUCUAACUGGGAAUUGCGACCAUUGCGGGACACACAGAUCCAGUAUGCCGCUCUGGAUGCCCAUGUCCUAAUCCAGAUAUACUAUUUCCUUCAGCAAAAAUGUUUGGAACAGAGAAUAGACUUUGAUGAAAUAUGCAAUGAAGUAACACUAGAAAGAAAGAAAAAGUGUUCUAAGAAACUGAAAGUUUUAGAAAAAACUUUUGUUCCAGUAAAGUCAGUUAAUAAUGUAAAGCUAUUAAUGGAACCUGAGUUAUCUCACUUAAUGACAUAUUUAAGGUAUUGUGGAAUAGACACUAUGCUGAUUCCACCUACUUUAUUAUGGCAUGAUGUUAUAAAUUUAGCUGUAAGUGAGGAUCGUUUGGUUGUUACAGCUAAGUUUAAGUGCUCUCCCUUUGAGGAAUUUCCACAAAGCUGUAUAUUUGAUGCAGGUAAAGGUAGUGUUAAAGAGCAACUUCAAAUGCUCCUUACUAAUUGCAAUGUAGGCAUUAAGCAGAAUGAUAUACUUAGUCGUUGUUUGUUAUGUAAUGGCAAAACUUUGAAGAAUUUGGCAGUUGAUGAGGUAUAUAAAAUUUGUAAUGAGUAUCAAGCUUCACAGGCUAUUCAAGUUAACAAUAAGGCAUAUGCCAAUGAUUAUGAUGAAGACGAAGAGUUUUAUGAUAGAUUUAAUAGUGAUUCCGAUUGUGAUGAAGAUUCCUUUCAACCAAUGCAUAAGCCGGUGCUGAAGGCAACUUGCCUCACUAGCAAGGGUGUGCCUGUUGAAAUAAGUAAUGUUGAACAACUUUCUUCCUCUGGAAAACCUGCAGUAUUGUGUGAGCUAUGUGGCAAGAUAUUUUGGGAUGAAGAUGAAUGUUUGAAACCUGUAAGUGAACUAGUUUUAAAUAUGACAAAACUCAGCAUCUGAGAAUAAAUUUACUAUGGUACAAACUGAUAUUAAAUGCAUUACUGUUUUAAAGUAAAUUGUUUAUUCAAACAUUAAUAUAUUGCUUAUUAUAAUAUGUGUAUAUAACAUAUUUUAGAUAGUUAAUAAUAAUCACUAUAUAUUAUACUUAAGCGUUAAAGCAUAUGAUUAACGAAUAUUAAUCAAUUUAAAUUAAUAAGCCUAAUGUCUAUGGUGAAUAUCAUAUUCGUUUGGUCCCAAAACAUUUGAUUUAAAAAAAAUGUACAAUAUUGUAAGAUUGACUGUACCUAUGUAUUAUAAAGAGUCCUUUUAGGUAUAAGUAUCCAAAUACGGUUUUAUAAAAAAAAAUAAGGACAAAGGAUUGUUAAUUUUAUAAAAAGAAUCAGUAAUUAUGUACUUAUAUUUCAAGUCUCCUUUUAUCAAACAAAACCAUUUAGCUUAUAGGUCUAUGUAUAUUUACAGGCCUGAAAAGUGAAAUUUCUGUUUGUUUUCAAAAAGUCAUGUUUACCCCGCUUACGCCUCCUUCUUGGUGUCAAGUCCAGUAUGAUUUACAUAGAAUUUUCCGAUUUAGAAUCCAUGUUACGGGCACUCCACAAGAAUUUCGCUAUACGAAAUGCCAUUCAUCUAAUACCUACGUUUGAAAUGCUGAGAAAGCGAUAAUAACUGAGAGAAUUUAACAGUAUAUUCAUAUGAGCUUUCUGCAUUUGAUUGAAAUAGCUGCCAUAAGAGCACAAACAGUAAGCGACAUUCUCAUGGAAUGCCCCUUUACAAAGUAUAAGCCACUUAUGAAAGCUGUAAACAUUGUUGCCAAUGAGUUUUUCAGUUUUAGACAGCAACUAUCUAUGAAAUAAGCUAUUGAACAAUAUGUUUAACCAUAGGUAUUAAUAUAUGUUAUGUAAAUCUUUGGUGUAACACUAAGCACAGAUAACUUGUUAAAACAGGUAGUUAUAUUUUAUCUUUACUUAUAUUUUUACGUUGAGUCAGAGUUGCGUAUCUAGUUACAAAUUAAAUUAACAAAAUGAUAAGGUGCUAAAUCGUUCAGCCACUUUUGAAGCGAUGUUUAUUACUAAAAUAAAAUAUAAAUAAAAGGUGUCUUAGGGUUAGCCCGUCAACGGAAUGAUCAAACUGCUAUUUGGAGUUUUUCGUCUCGUAUGCUUUUCUAAUUAGUAAUUACCUUGAAAUUGUGUAAAGUAUAACUAUAAAGUAUGUACCGUAGUGUAGUUUCAUAACCAUACAUUUUAUUUUAUGUUAAAAUUCAACUAGUUAAAGCAGUUGCACGAAACGUUUCGUUCCUUGACGCGAUCAAGAGUCGAUUGCACCAAACGGUAUGUCACCGUUAAUAAAAAGUUCGCUAAGUAUUCUUUCAUAGAUCUCUACUGCGUGGCAUUGAUCAGCCUGUUAACUUUUGGUGCAACUGACCAUAACUUCGUUGAAUCAACGACCACCACUAUAGUUCGUUUUUUUUUUAGCAUUAGAAAGAACUUGGAAGAAGGUAAGCGAUUUUGGCAUGUCUUUUAAUUGAAAAACGCUUAUUAAAAAUCAGUAAUUAUCAAUUAUGAAAGCAGAAGAAUGUAUAUGAUCGUAUUAUAUUCAUAAUUCUUACAUAUUUGCCGUAAGUUAUUUUUAAAAUGUGUUUCCAAUUAAAAGACACAUCAAGAUUGUUUACCUUAUUUCUAAUGCAAAAAAAUACGAACUAUAGUCUUUGAUGAUAAUUAUGAUUUCAACAGUGGUCUCAACUAAACUCGCCUAAUGGCAAUAAUAUUCCUAUCGGAAUAACCCCAGUACCCUACACUACACCAUGUUGUGAUGCAUAAAUCAGUUAAUGACGCAACCCUGACAUAUUAAUUAGACUGUAUUCUUUUUAGUUAUUUUAUUAACAUAGCCACAUAUUAAAUUGCUGCAUCGUAUAUUAAGGACAACAGUGUUCAUCUAGAUUUAUGUUAAACAAAUGUACUUUCUAGAAUGUUAACAUAUACUGAAAAUAAAUCAAUGAUUUAAA